GCGUUUUGAUAGAAAAACGGCUCUUGUAAGCAACAGACAAAGGGGUUGAAGUUGAACCUGCUCCGAACCCGUUUCCUUUGUGCUCAUCACCUGCCCAUUUUUUUCUCUAUCUCAUCAAUCUUUAAGUCCUACCAAAAAUCUCUCAAAUUUAUUUGUCUAAAAAUAAUUUAAUUCCCCUUCUCCAUUGUUCUCGAGCAUCAUCCUGAGAUGAUUUUCUAGUGAGAGAAAGCAAUCCAGUGUGAGAGAAUAUCUCUCCUUCCCUUUUGACAUAUAUUCUUCUCUGAAAUUCCAUCAAUUAUCGAAUAAAAACCUUUCUCUCAAAUUCUCCACUGAUUCACUGCACCAUAGAAUCAUUUUUCAUCGAAUUACCUUUUUAUUUUUGUAUCAGUCCACAGAUUAGUUAUCUAAACACUUGCAUUUGAUUAAAUUAAACAAUCUGACAAUCAUCCCUAAAGUUAGCUCCUUUUUUUAUCUAUUCUCGAUCAGUUAUUAAAUUUCGUCACCUCAGAAAGUGAGAGAAGAGAAAAGAAACCAAACUUUUCGGUCGAGAUCGAAUUUCGAAGCUAUUCAUUGACGAAAAGCUCGAUUUGUUGAUCUGUGCUCCGAUCAGAAUCUCCAUUUCUUGAUAGAGAGGGCGGCGGUCGUGAAAUUAAAUUCAUUUUUUAAUUUCUCUGCCAUGGCCGACGGCUCCGUGAGUCUCGAGAAAUGGAGGGAUUAUUUCCGGAGCGCGAGCUCCGACAUUUUCAUCAUAAUCGAGCAUGCGAUACUGGUUGCUGCAUCCGAUUGCCCCUACGACUUCAGAUUGAGGAGGGAUCGGAUUGCGGAAAUGCUGUUCACGUGCAAAGUAAUCAAGUGUUUCGGCUGCGACAAAGUCGAAUUGGCCGUGCCGAAUGGUGAUGGUUUAGAUAAGAGUGAGGAUAAAUUGAAGAGCGAGAUUGAUGCCGGGGGGAGCAAGGAUACCAAGGAGAGCAAGGUGAAUAGCAGCUGCAGAAACUACGAUGAUGAUCAUCAAGAAGUCAUGGAGAUGAAUACGAAUCACGUUGCCAACUACAGCGAUGGCGAUGCGGAAGCUGAGGCUUUGACUGAUGAGAUUGAGGAGGAGUCGCAGUUCUAUGGGGAGGUGUUGAGGAUCAAGGAUGUUGUUGAUAACUUUGAGGAAGAGUCUGAUGCGUUGUUGUUCGAUUGUUUGAGGAAGCUUCAGCUGAUGCCUUUGUCUGUGGAGAUACUCAAGGCUACAGAGAUUGGGAAAUCAGUCAAUGCUAUCCGUAAGCAUGGAUCAAAGGAAAUCCGGAAUCUUGUGAGGACGUUGAUUAUGGAUUGGAAAGUGAUGGUUGAUUCAUGGGUUAAUGCUACGGCAGCUGUUGCAGAGAUGGCAACAGAAUCUGUAAAAACGUCAGCUGUUGAAGAAGAAGAGGAGGAAGAAGGACUACCAUCUCCACCACUCGAUGAAGGGGCUUUCUUUGCUACGCCUUCUUCAAUGGAGCUGUCACAGUUCUUUGACGGCAUGGAUGAUGAUGGAAAUCCUCGAAACAGUGGGGAGUUCAACAAGAACCGAGAAAGUGGCAGAAAGCCAACUAUUCCAAAAACAGAUUCCCGUAACUGGAGAGCUCAGAACCCCCAUGACUCACGCGCUCCUCCAAUUGACAGGAAACCCGAGCCAAAGAGAAAUGAGGAAGCUACAUGGACGAAACAAUCCCCUUUAAAAUUAAAACCACAUAGGCCUUCCAGUGAUGAAUCUGGACCAGGAAGACCAAAGCCUCCAAGCAUGGAAUCCGCCCCUGGUAGAUUUAAACCAUCUCUCAAACCUAAGAUUGAGUACGCAACUGUCAAAGUCGAGCAGAAAUCCGAAAAUCGCCCAAUUCAGAGGAAACCAAUGCCUCCACAACAGGAGAAGCUGAAUUCCAAGAACGAGGCUUCAGUUCGUAUGAAAUUAGAGGCUGCCAAAAGGAAACUGCAGGAGCGCUAUCAAGAAGCUGAAAAUGCCAAGAAACAGAGAACCAUACAAGUUGUGGAGUUGCAAGAUCUCCCAAAGCAGAGCCAUGCACAAAGGAAUCCACACAUGAGGCCAGGCAACCACAACAGGCAAUGGGCUAAUGGACGAAGAUAGCCUUGUAUCUCUACUUGACAUAGUGGUAAUAAUUCUCGAAUCUCUUCCAACUCUUCCGGUCAGAGCCAACUGGAAGGACGUUGCUAACCAGCUGAUUCAUUUUAGCCUCUGGCUACUCAAACACCGGACAGUUUAAGCAGCCGGUGGCGGGGAGGGGUAUUUUGGUCUACUUGUUGAAAUCAUGUGGUGUAGCAUAGACCUUGUAGUUGAACAUUUAGGGAAAGCAUAGAGUGGUCCAUAAAUCUGUGUCCUCAUAAGUCAUGACUCUAUUCCUUAUUUGCCCUUUGCCAUAAUGGGAAGGACACAAUUUGCCCAUAAAUCUAGUGCAGUUUCAGGAGAAGCUCAUGCUGAACAUAAAUGAAUUCAAACGUGAAUGCAAUUGGGGGAAGAAAAAAGAAGAAGCAAGUUUCCUCAUAUUUUUACCA